AUGAAAAUUGGGUCUAUUUAUAUUACACUAAUUAUUCUUAUUGCUUUAUCCCCUAUUGAUACAAAUGCCCUUUACUUCAUUUUAAAUCCAGGAUAUACAGAAUGCAUUCAUUUUCGUACUGUUACAGGAGACCACUUUAUUGGAUCAUUUGAAAUAGAAUCGGAAUAUGAGGGAGUUAGAGUUUCUUUGUAUGAAAGUGAUGGAAACUCAAAAAUUAUGGAUAAAGUUAAUAAUAGUGGCGAUUUUAGUAUUAAUGCUCAAAAAAACGCAGAAUAUCAACUUUGCUUCAAAAAUUUAAUGAACUCAGUACAACAAACUGUGAACUUCAGUAUAAAAAACCUGUCUUAUAAUUCUAACAUUAACAAUGUAAUGAGUAAUAUUGAAUCCAAAAGGCUAAUUGAAUCUAUGGAGAAGCUCUACGAAAGAAUAUCAAUUGCUUCUGACAAGCAAAAGUAUGCCUUAACAAGAAAAAGAUUUCAAAUGGAAGCAAUUGAAUCAUCUAGAAAGAAGGCCGCUUUAUGGAGUAUUCUUGAGCUCCUUGUAUCUUUUGGAUUAGUACUCAUUCAAAUUUACUAUAUUAAAUCCUACUUCCAAGUUAAAUAUUUAGUUUAG